GAAGUCAUUCAAGUAGCCUCACCUCCGACCGACCUCUUUCCUCUAUUCCCUCUUGAUUCUUGAUCAUAUUCAUUGUUUUCCCAUUUUUCUUCUUCCUAUUAUGGCCUACGAGUACAUAGUUGAAGUAGUGGUAGCUUUUCUAGUGGGGCUUGUUUUCUUGUACGAUAUUUUAGUAAGAGGAUCCAACAAGACAAAAUCUGCCUAUUCUUCUUGUUCUUCUUCUGAAGUGUUUCCAGGGGGAAAUUGUUUAAAGAGAACAGGAAAUGGGGAAGUUGAUAGAAGUACUACAGACAUUAUCAUAGUUGGCGCUGGAGUUGCUGGUUCUGCUCUUGCUUAUACACUUGGAAAGGACGGACGGCGAGUGCAUGUGAUUGAGAGAGAUUUAAAUGAGCCAGACAGGAUUGUUGGUGAACUUUUACAACCAGGGGGAUAUCUUAAGUUAAUUGAAUUGGGUCUUGAAGAUUGUGUAGAUGAGAUUGAUGCUCAACGAGUUUUUGGUUAUGCUCUGUACAAGGAUGGAAAAAAUACCAGGUUGUCUUAUCCCCUGGAAAAUUUUCACUCUGAUGUAGCUGGAAGAAGCUUUCAUAAUGGACGUUUCAUUCAACGGAUGCGCCAGAAAGCUGCUUCUCUUCCCAAUGUAAAUCUAGAACAAGGAACAGUAACAUCUCUUCUUGAAGAAAAUGGGACUAUCAAAGGAGUUCAGUACAAAACUAAGGGUGGUCAAGAGUUGAUAGCCUAUGCUCCCCUUACUAUUGUAUGCGAUGGUUGUUUCUCAAAUUUGAGACGCUCUCUUUGUGAGCCUAAGGUUGAUAUCCCCUCUUGUUUUGUUGGUUUGGUUCUAGAGAACUGUGAGCUUCCACAUGCAAAUCAUGGACAUGUCAUAUUGGCAGACCCUUCACCUAUCUUGUUUUAUCCUAUUAGUAGCACUGAGGUUCGUUGCUUGGUUGAUGUACCUGGCCAAAACGUACCUUCUGUUUCCAAUGGUGAAAUGGCCCAUUACUUAAAAACUAUGGUGGCUCCCCAGAUUCCUCCUGAACUGUACACUGGCUUUAUCUCCGCAAUCGAUGAGGGGAAUAUACGAACCAUGCCAAAUAGAAGCAUGCCUGCAGCUGCGCACCCAACUCCUGGUGCACUUUUAAUGGGUGAUGCAUUCAAUAUGAGACAUCCUUUAACUGGAGGGGGAAUGACUGUUGCACUAUCUGAUAUUGUUGUGCUAAGGGAUCUUCUAAGACCCCUGCACGAUCUAUAUGAUGCAUCUGCUCUUUGCAAAUAUCUUGAAUCCUUUUAUACCUUGAGGAAGCCAGUGGCAUCUACAAUUAACACAUUGGCUGGUGCCCUAUACAAAGUAUUUAGUGCCUCCCCUGAUCCAGCAAGGAAGGAAAUGCGCCAAGCAUGUUUUGACUAUUUGAGCCUUGGAGGCAUAUUCUCAAAUGGACCAAUAUCUCUACUCUCCGGUCUAAACCCCCGCCCCAUCAGCCUAAUACUACAUUUCUUUGCCGUGGCAAUAUAUGGUGUUGGCCGCCUGUUACUACCAUUUCCUUCACCCAAACGCAUCUGGAUUGGGGCUCGGUUGAUUACGGGUGCAUCAAGCAUCAUCUUCCCCAUUAUCAAGGCUGAAGGAAUUAGGCAAAUGUUCUUCCCUGUAACUGUGCCAGCAUAUUACAGAGCUCCUCCAGCUGAUUGGGAUUGAGGGAUACAAUGAAAAUUCACAAUAUAACAAGUUGCCAUAUAUAUUUUUUUAUUACUUUCGAGUUAGGAAACAAAUCAAGUGUACAAUAGGAAUCAUGUUACUUGUUUUGACAUAUCAUUUUACUCUUUUUUUUUUUUUUAACUUAGUACAUUCUUAAUGUAGUAAAAUUUA